GAAUUGUGCAGAUCCUCUUUCUUAGUGAUGUAACAGUGUGCCAUUGUGUAUAGCCAGUCCACUGGUUUCUGUCUUCCUGCAGUUUGACUGAUAUAUAUGUAUAUAUUAUACACCGACUUCCAGCCAGUGACUACAGCAUUAAUCAAUCAAUCAUCUCCGCAUGUGUUGGUGAUUAAUGACUGCUAAGAUGUAAACAACAGCCAUGCUUGGUUAGCUUUAUGGUGCAAUUCUGCGUAUUGUGCAGUACCUGUACCCACACCGCUAUAAUCUUGUUUUAUGUGUUGUGCUUUAUUCCUGGUCCGUCACACUAAUGGGAUCGAUUGUGUCAGCUGUUUGAAUCUGGCCAGCAGGAAACCAGCCUAGCUUUUAUGGGGAGAGAUUUGGACCAUGCCAGCCCAUGCAGCAGUGUUAAUUGCAGUGUCUACCUGAGUGUUUUUGUUUUGUGCUGGUACACCCUGUCGUUGUUUUAAUGGUUGACCCAACGGAUUAGUGCCCUGUCAACUGUUAAUGGGAACACAACAAGGGUGAUAGCUCAGCAAUUGACUUGUUCUGGGAGAUUUCCUACAUGUUGAGUAGAUAAAUAAAAAUCUACCUUGUCUGUGUGGAUUAGUUAUCCAAGUUGUUCUGUUGUUGGUUAACACUUGUGUGACAAAACAAUACAGCACAUUAAGAUGUGAGUGAACUAGUACAGAUGUGGGUGUCAGAAACCGUGUUUCUCUCAUACAGAGUGCUUUUCCUCCAGCCUUCCGGUCACAAUGCCUAUUAAGAGGUUGUAUAGGGACGUGCGCUUGCUAUUUGGAAGUGGUUGGUCUGCUGAUGAAGUUUCCAAACCACCUCACCACAACGUUUAUGAGUCUCCGACAUGCAAGCCACCGGCUGGGCCUCAGAGUGCCAUGAAGAACGAAGCCCAGCCACAGAGCAAUGAUAACAUUAAAUACGGAGAGCUGGUAGUACUGGGAUACAAUGGCCAUCUUACAAGUGGAGAUAAGGGGAGGCGGCGCAGCAAGUAUAUUUUACGAAAACGAACUCGUGCCAAUGGGGUGAAGCCGUUCAGAAAACACCUAGUUGUUAGUCCACAGUCAUCCAAGGCUGUUCAGGACAAUGAACAACACUCAGUAUCAUACACAUUAUCUCGCAACAAGGCCGUGAUAGUGGAAUAUAAGCCAGAUGACGACACAGAUAUGUUCCAGAUUGGUCGUUCAUCUGAACACCCCAUUGAUUUUGUUGUCAUGGAUACCAUUCCUGGUCACUUACGGACUACAAGCGAGAAUGUUACACAGAGCACAAUUUCCCGAUUUGCUUGCAGAAUUAUUAUUGAUAGAAAUCCACCAUACACAGCUAAAAUCUUUGCAGCAGGCUUUGACUCAGGGAAGAAUAUAUUUCUUGGAGAAAAGGCUGUGAAAUGGCAUUCCGGAGAUGAGAUUGAUGGACUGACAACAAAUGGAGUAUUCAUAAUGCAACCUCAGGGUGGUUUCAGCCCGACUGCCCGACCCAAUGUCUGGAGAGAGGUGUCUGUUGAUGGGGGCAUCUUCCCCCUCAGAGAAUCCAGGCCAUCCCCGCUCAAGAGUUGUCAGAUUUUGGAGGAAGAUAAUAUUUUGAGAGACGGUACACUAAUAGAUCUUUGUGGAGCAACGUUGGUUUGGAGAUCAGCUUUAGGUCUCAUUACUUCACCAAGUGAACAUGAGUUUCAAGUGAUGGUUCAUGAAAUCAAUGCUGGCCGACCCCAGUGUCCUGUUGGCUUGAAUACUCUGGUCUUGCCAACACGUGGGUCCCUGAACCUUCGAGACCGACAACCGUACGUCUACCUCAAGUGUGGACACGUACACGGCAAACAUGAAUGGGGUCAGACAACUGAAUCGAGUCGCAAGUGUCCACUAUGUUUAGAGGUCGGACCCUUUGUAAAGCUUGAAAUAGGGUGUGAACUGAGUUUGUACGUGGAUUCCGACUCACCUACUUACUGUUUCAGUCCAUGUGGUCAUGUCGCUUCAGAGAAUUCAGUCAGAUACUGGUGCCUGGUUACUGUGCCACAUGGUUGCCAUGGUUUCAGAGCUAUCUGCCCAUUCUGUGCUACUCCACUGUGUGAGCCAGGAUAUGUGAAGCUAAUCUUCCAAGACCAUACUGAUUAAAUUUCUUAUUCAUUUAUUUGUAAUUUGAAAAGUAAACUGCACUUUCUGUUUUUCAUUCUAUUGAAAUAAAGGAAGUGCCAUACAUGAACAGUAUAUCUGUUAAUAGAUAGGAUAUGUUGAAAAGAAAUAUUUUACAAUAGGUAAAACAUUUACCAAAUUCCAACUGAUGCAGGUCAGUUCAGAAUUAAAAACAGUGUUGAAAUCUUUGGAAUACAUAUGAAAAUACAUAUAUAACAUUUACUGUAUAAUUAGAAUGAUACAUUUCUUUCCAUAUUAUAUCCUGAUCUCUCGACCUAUUUGCAUCCCCCCUAUUACAUUAAAUGGAUUUGAACGUCCCCAAUUCAUAACCAGAAACAGGACACAAUAGAUUUUGUUCAAUGGUUAGCUGGUGGAAUCUUUGGACCAGUUCACUGGAAGAGAGGGAGGUUCAGAUAGGUUGACAGGUCACAUUAUGUAUUCAUGAAAUGAGAAAACACAUCUGUCAAAGUGUUGAAUAGAGGAAAUAGAUUUCUCUGUAUUAGACCCUGGUUUCCCAAAAUGCAUGUUACAUAAUUUACCCUGAGAAUAAGAGUGAAUGACAAUGUAUUGUAUCUUAGAUUUAUAAUGUGCACCAAAUAUAUGACAAAGUCACUAAAGGUCUGAUAUAUUUUUUUUUAAUGUCAUAUAUUUCUUAGAAUUAGUAUGUUAUUGCUUUGCAUUUAUGAAAGAUGCUAUUGUUUGUAAAACCAAGUAGUGCAAUCUGACAGUUUAUGAUAAUCAAGUCGGCUCCCUUUUAUAUGUUGACACUAUGGUCAAGCUUAUUUUUCAUCUAGUCUGUGCUUCUGAAUUAUAUAUUUUUAUUUUUAAAAUUAUGUAAAAAAGACUGAUUUUUAUAUCCAUGCUCUAAUGAAUUUUAUAUAUCAAAAGAUGGCACAAAUGUUUCUUAUGGUAUAUUUGUGUUAACACUUUAUUUACUACCAUAAGUGUUAAGAAUAUGCUUCACAGUUCAACUGCAAACUAUCCAGAUUACAUUAUCUAACUUGCUUGUGGCCACCUUUAUUAAGCCAUCAACUGUCUUAAGAGAUCAUCUAAGAAUAGUACAAAUUGACUUGUAUCAAGCAGCCAGUUGUUUGUAAAGGCCAUCUUUUGAUAUUUGUAGGUGUAUGAAUAACACAAGUGACUGUAUAUAGGGAAGUAUGUGGAUGCAAGGGAUAAGAGUUUGGUGCUAUAUUAAUUUUAUGCAAAUAUUUUAAAAUAAGGCUGUAUUCACUGUUAAAUUAAUUAAAGAAGGUGAUUAAACUUAGUAUAAAAAACAUGAUUAAUAUAGGAAAAAAACACCUUUUUUUAUUGAUAAUCACAUUCUAAAAUGGUAGCCUGUACGUACAUUUUGCACUCUAGUGCUUACAUUUGUCAGGAACUGUUUGAAACAAAUGAAAUAAGCCUUUUAUAUAAAUGUAUAUAAAUGACUUUAAAAUAUAUGUAUAUCCAAUCAAUACUCAUAAUAUACUGUGAUUAUGUACUACAUUUUAUCUCAGAAUCUCUGUUUCAAAAUAUUAGUGUAGACACUUGACCAGUAACAUGAAAAAAUCUUCUUAUUAAAGAUUAUAAUUUAUAACAUUAAUUCUGUGAUUCAGUAGCAACUUUUCUUUUGUAAUAAAAAGCAAAAAUAGUCUGCUGCUAAUGUUCUCUGUUAAAAAAAUAUGUUUUAUACAUUAUUUGUAUAUAUCUAUCAUUGAUGAAAUUAAUGCCAGAGUACUCUGCUAAAUAUUUUAUGGUAUUAAAAAGACAAGUACACAGCGAAUGAUAUAUUAGUGUCAUGUAUGCCCUUGAUAAAUUCAUUACAAUUUUAUGCUCACUAACAUAUACUGAUUUAGAGUAAACAAUUUUAUCAGUUUUUAAUAAUCAUUUCAGCUUUCAUUUUUCAGUGAGUAUGACAUCCAAGGAAAUACUCCAUACUAAGAAUGUACUAAAAUAUUAGAUAGUGUGUUUUCUAGUUUGGUACCUUAUUUGUAAUAUUCAUUGACAAUUAUAUUUUCAAGUUAUUUUCAUCUAUAUUAGAAGUGAAUAACUUUAUUGCUAUUUAAAAAUUGUCAGCCAAAUAAUUAUGCUUAUAGUAUAUUUUGUUUAAUAGAAUUUUAGCUCUCAAAUUGUUCCAUUUCUAUAAAAUAAGACAAUUAUUUAAAAAAACACAAAACAACCCAAACAAGAACACUAGAUUCUUUGUACUUUUUCUUUUCAGGCAGAGUUCUUGAUAUACUUUCAGGAUUUUAAUUUAUUUUUUGUGUAAUUCUUUUUAAUUCAAAAAGCUCAGGACUACCUUUCAUUCAGUAAAUAUUGAAUACAUAUAUUCUUGCUCAAUAACGCAGUUGUAUUUCAGGUCUUACUACAGUAUAUUUUUACUACUUUCCUGCUUUUAACUGUGUUCAACAUAUUAUGUAUCCAUUAUUCCAUUCCAUAUUUUCAUUUCAAUGAAAACAAAUGUGCAGACAUGCAGUAAGUUUGUAUACAAUGCUAUUUUAGUUUUCUGAAACAGGAAAACUGGUGUGCAGUUUAUGUUCAAUUCAGCUAUUUAACUAAACAAAAGUUAGUUUUCAAUGUCAUGGAGACACUAACUGUCUUAAAUGUCAAGUCAUGCUUGUUGUAUUCUAACAGAUGUAACUAACAUUAACUGCUUAUUGAUUUUGUAAUAACCAUAAAUUAUUACUUAAUCAAGUCCCUGUAUAGUAGACAAUACAAUGUGAUUCUUUGUACUGAAUGGAUGUUAAACAUAGUUCAUCCAGAUGAAUAUCAGUUAUUACUUGACAUCAGACAUUAGUUGAUUAGUAUUGCACAGUGUUUCUGUAAUGACCAGCAUGUGGGUAGAGUUGUUUGCUGUUCAUUCUAUUUGAACUACAGAUAAUGAGAUUACUGUUCUUUGCAAGGUUUAUACAGCUUUAAUGAUGAUGAUGUUCAUUUCCUGUAUUUUAUCCUUUUAAAUUUAUAAACAAAAAGCACAUUUUAGAAAUUGUAGGAUUGAAGUGAAAUAUCUAGAAUACUUAAAGCCUACAGUAUGUUAGAAUGAUGAUGUUAAAUAUUUCAGUUUUGGUAAACAUCAAACUGGUUAUCACUUUAUGAGUGUAUGUAUGUGUGUGUGUAUGUAUGUAUGUAUGUAUGUAUGUAUGUAUGUGUGUAUGUAUAUAUAUAUAUAUAUAUAUAUAUAUAUAUAUAUAUAUAUAUAUAUAUAUAUAUGAUCUAUGUUUAUCUUGCCACUGAUAUUAGUGAUAAUCUUUAGAUAAUAUGUACAUGUAUUGUUUCAGUAUAUAUGAUGCAUCAUGUUGUGUAUAUACUUAGGUAUGAGUGUAAUAUUAGUUGUUGUAUUGAAUGGUAUGUAAUGGCUGCAGGCAAUAUUUGACGUAUUCUUUCCAUUUGAAAGCCUGUAACAUGAAACUACUCCGUGACCAAUUUAUGUGUUCUUCAUUACAUAUUAUCAUCAUUAUGUUGAUUGACUUAAUAUAUAGUCCUUAGAUAUUUCUAUUUGAACACGUCAUUCAGUCGUAGGAUAUAUAACCAGAGUAACUGGUGGAUUAGUUUUACAUACACGAACACUUUGAGUGAUCUAUCAAGUAAGUUGAUGAUGAGCAUAUCUAUUUGUUUACUGUUAAAAAAAAUACCCACUAUAAAGCAAGUGUGUUAAAACAAGUAUGCAACAUUUUAGUAGCCAAUAUGAAUAAAUUAAUUGUUCACAAGAUUUUUAGUAUUGGUGUCACAUGAACUUCAGAAGUGUGCUACCAUAAUAAUGAUCUUUUAAAAAGAAAUAUUUUAAUCUUUGAUCAAACUUAUAUUAAGGUCUGAAAACUGGAUCAGAUUAUAUAUUACCUCGGACAUAUAUUAAUAUUACUGUUAUAUUAGAGAUACAUGUUCUUGUAUGCAGUACUUUAAUAUGGAAAUAUGUCAUCACUUGUUAAUUGAUAGGUUGAUACAGUUGCAUUUUUCUGAGGUGGCAUAUUUAUGAAUCUCUCAUCACUUCACAUGAAUUGGAGAUGUGUUGAUAUGCUUUUUCUUUUCUUUUUUUUUCCAUUUGUGUAAAAAAAAAAAAACCUUUAUGUACAUAUGUAGUUAUCAUUUUCAGGAUUUUAAAUCAUCUUUUUCAUCUCAGGGUUUUGUUGAAAUGUCGACAAAUAUUUUUCAUUUUUGCUUUCAUAUCAUACUGAAGAUUGUUGUAAACCUUUGUCUGUUAAAGUAGUGUUAUCAGUUGCCCAGUUUUGUGUCAACAGGAAAUAUACCUGAUGAUUACUAUACUAAUAUAUACAGUAUUAAAUAUAUACACAAAUACUAAAGAAAUAUAAAAGUAGUUAACAGGGAUAUAUACCUUAAAAGCAUGUACAAUUACUGGGUUAUUGCAGGCUUUUGUUGAUGAAAACAAUUUCAGAUCCUCUGUUAAUUUUUUUAAAUUCCAAACACCAAGCGGAUAAACUAUUUAUAUAUUUUUGCCAUGGAUCAUGUUUUGAGUUUCAGUUAUAAUUUUAAAUCAGAUUGUCAAAAAAUUAUGAUUAUUCAACAAAUCCAUAUUAAAAAAAAUCAAGCUUGGAGAAAAUUUUGAGAAUACUGGAGGUGUUUUAAAUUUUAGGCCCUUCAGGAACCCAGUUAAUCAAUGAAUUAAAUUUUGGUUAUGCACCUUUAAUAAACAUUUACAUUUUGCUUUGGCAAUCAUCCUAUUAUUUAAGGUAGGGGGAAAAUGGAUCUGUACAGUAAUUAUUUUAGGUAUUUUAAAGAAUCUGUAGGGUUGUCACAAAAAUGCACCAGAGUACACCUGGGGCUCUUUUUUUGUACUAUGUGUGUUAAAGGGACACACCCUAGUUACGGCUAUUUGUUAACCAUUACGGCGUUGUUUUUCGCUAUUAAACCCCAUUUUUCACAAAUAAAAUUGCGCUUUAUUUACAUUUUAUU